AAGCUUGAUCGACCAUUCACAAGCCAUUCGUUUUGCACGUGUGAUCCGCAUAUUGGGUUUGCUUCACGUGUUUAGUCUUGGCAAUUCACUCCAUGUAACGGCAAUCCCCUAACGUUAUGUUCAAAUUUGGAUUCACGGUCGAUAAUGCGAAGGAAGAAAAUGAUAAGAUUGAAAGCACAGGGACUGUACUCGACUGGUUUCCUGCAGUGAAGAUUGAAGUAUCACAAGAACAGCUAUCCAAAAAAUUUUAUGAGGAUGACGACUUCAAGGAAUGUGAUCUGUUUUAUGACAUAAGGUUGAAGCUUAUUCAUUCUGACAAAGUGGUAAUAGAUCUGCAGCAUGAGAAUUGUCAAAAUAUUGUUGAGGCUGAAUCUCAACAUUCGGAUUUAAUACCAGCAAAAUAUGAAGGUGGAUUAAAAGUAUGGGAAUGCAGUUACGACCUAGGAAAGUACUUAAUAGGUGACAAAAUUCCAUUAGAAAAUAAGUCUGUUCUAGAUCUAGGAUGUGGCACCGGGAUUAUUGGUAUUCUAGCAUUAUUGAAUGGAGCCAAUGUUCAUUUUCAGGAUUACAACACGGAAGUAAUAAAGUCUGUAACUAUCCCAAAUGUAAUUUUAAAUUGCAAUGAUCGGAAAGACGUGCAAGAACGAUGUGCAUUUUUUUCCGGGGAUUGGGCUUCUUUUAUCGAGUUACAUAGGGAAUUGUAUAGAAACGAUUCUGAGAAGUAUGACUUGAUUUUAACCAGUGAAACGAUCUACAAUCCUGACAAUCAGAAUAAAUUAUACAACAUUUUCAAAACUCAAUUAAAGAAGAAUGGUUCAGCUUACGUUGCUGGAAAAGUUUAUUACUUUGGAGUGGGAGGAGGAAUGAGACAAUUUGAGGACCUUGUUAAAAAAGAGAAAAUAUUCGAAACCAAAACUGUGUGGAGAAGUGAAGAAGGUGUACAACGCGAAAUAUUGAAGGUAACAUUCACGACUUAAGAUUCAAGAAUGUAUGAGAUAAGAUUAUUGUCAAUUAUAUUUGAUUAAUUACCCUCCGAUAUUCUUGAGAAUAUAAUAAAUCAGGAACAUUUGUACGGAAACAUAAAAUAACAUUUAAAAACUUGCUAGUGAUUGUUGUAAUGUACAAAAAUAAACAUUCACGUCAAUCACAGGUAUGUUCAAGUUUCCUAUCUCGAGACAUCAUGGGGAUAGUCUUUCAUAGACCCAACCAUCUUCCCCUUCAUGAAGAAGAAUUCCGUCUGGUUUGUCAUGAGGUUCUCUACGUCUGAACCUUAUUCUAUCAUGUAGACGAUCACUCUGACCUUGCCAGAACUCUAUGGAACGUGGUAUCACUUUGAACCC